AUGGACAUCGGUAACGAGGACAAGAGCGUUAUCCUAGUCGACAGCAAGGCAGCAACCCAGAAGGCUAGUAACAACGCCAACCCCGAUGACGCAAGCGAGCCCAAUGACUAUGACCUGCUCACUAAAGUCAUCCAAGGUAUCGACAAGCAAGUCGGGGAGCUUGAGGCCAAGAAAGACAUGAUCGCCGAUGCUCAGAUAGCCACGGGGCCGGUGCUGGCACAGGUCUGCUAUGCAGUGGCCGUGAACGCUGCAGAAGAUUGGCCCUGGACAGCCCUUGCGCCCAUUGUUCUGGGCAGGAGGUUCGUCGACCAGAAUACUCUUGAGAACAAGAAGCCUAAGCAGAAUCUAACAGGCUAUGCCGCUGUGCGGGUCAAGGACCUGAUCAAGGUCCAUCGUGAUUACCCGCAGCAGCAGCACGCUCCUAAGAAGAGCGGGCCUGCCAUGGGAGGCGUGGCGGCCGGUGCGGUGCUGGGUGUUGGUGUGGGGUUGAUUGGUAGUGUGUUGGUUACUGAUGUGACUUAUGUUGUGGAUGGACGAAAUCAUGACUUUGGCGGUGGUGGUGAUUAG